AUGGCAGACAACCACAACGACGGCAACCCUGCCCGUGUGUGGCUCCGCGACGAUGCCUACUUGCGAACUAUUGACAAACUCCGCGACCUCGGCAUCGCCGACCUCAUUCCCUUUCCGCAAAUUGUCGCGGUUAGUGACCAGUCUUCGGGUAAGAGUUCUGUCCUGAAGAGCGUGACGGGUUUCGCCUUCCCCCGCGGUCCUGAGCUCUGCACCCGUUACGCGACCCAAAUCACUUGUCGCCGCGAUGCCUCCGAGAGCGUCCAGAUCUCUAUCAUUCCGAGCCAGAAUUCCGACAAGGAUCGGAAGGAACGACUGAAGGAAUUUGGGUUCUCUGUCGAGAAGAAUGACCUCGUGUUGGCGGAUGUCUUUGCGAAGGUAACCAUGGCACUUCGCAGUAUCAACGAUGGGGAUGCUUCCAAGCUACCGACAUUUGCUGAAGACAUUCUCAAGAUUGAGAUCAGCAGCCCGGACCAACAUCACUUGACCAUCAUCGAUGUCCCGGGUAUUUUCCGUACAUCUACAAAGGGCCUGACUACCGACAGUGACAUUGCUAUCGUCCGAGGCAUAGUCAACAGAUAUAUUCAAGAUCAGCGUACCAUCAUUCUGGCAGUUAUCCCUUGCAAUGUCGACACAUCAACCCAGGAGGCUCUCACCCUUGCCAAAGAAGUCGAUCCAGAGGGGCUUCGAACUAUGGUUGUUCUCACCAAGCCCGACCUUGCUACAGAGCGCGUCACUCAGCGGAUUGUAUGCGAACUUGUUGAGGGCAGACGCCAUCCUCUCCGCCUCGGAUACUGCGUAGUGAAGAAUCGCAGCGGCGAUGAAGAAGCCUCAACGACGACAGAUCCAAACUCAUUGGAGAAGGCGUUCUUCUCUGCUCGUCCGUGGAUCAGAAUCAGAUCGACAUUUCGGGUUGGUGUUAGCGGCCUCGCGCUCCGUCUGCGUGACUUGCUGGGCGACCUUUCCAAGAAGGAACAUAAGAACGUCGAGGCCGAUAUACGUCGUCGACUCAAUAACACUGAGACUUUACUCAAACGCCUAGGUCCUUCACGACCUCGGCCGGAUGCUCAGCGACGAUACCUUAGCCAGAUUGCGUCAGGUUUCCAAGAGGUCUGUCUUCGAGCUCGGGACGGAAAUUACAUCGGAAUGGACAUAUUCCACCACGACGUACACUUUCGACUCAUCACAUGCAUCAUCAAUCUGAAUGAGACAUUCAAUAAGGAGAAGGUCGGUCCUGGUCCUGCAUUCAAAGUACCUAUGGACGUGCAGUCAACCCGUUGUCUCGUUGAUAUCCUGAAGCAUAUGGAUUUUGAAUGUCCCAAGCCAGUAGAAGGCUUACUUUUGAGCCGUAUUGAAUUUCUUUUUCACCGAUCUCGCAAUGCCGAGAUCGGCUCGUUUCCAGGCUCAUUGCUAGCACAGGCCUUCAAGGAGCAGACCCAGAAGUGGGAGCCCCUGGUUUUGAAACAUGUUAGUCAGGUGAUCGUAGUCGUUCACAAGUUCAUUCGCAUAACACUGCAACGCAAAUGUGACGGCGACAGCAACACUUUUGAGAUGUUGCAUAACCACCUUCUGUUGCCCAAGCUCCGUGCAGCUUAUCAGCGAGCUUUGGAUCAUGCUCAGUUCCUCCUUGAAGUCGAGCUUAGUGGACAGCCUUACACCAUGAACCACUACUUCGACAGCGAUCUUCAAGUUUCACAGGCCGCCAGACUUCAGCAAGCGAUCAACAAGGUCAUUGGCCCUGAGAGCGUCCGAAACGUCGAUGGCGCUACUGCAAGCAACCCGAGCCCAAACGUAAGUCCUGCUUCUGGAGGAAACACGCUGGGAGCGAACAACAACAACGGAAGUCCCUUCGAUUUUACUUCUCAGCAAGAAGACGGGUCUUCCGGAGCUGCAGGCUGGUGGGUGCCAAAAUCAAUGCUCUCCAAGCUUACAACCGAUCGUUACAACGCUGAGCAGGUCAGAGAGGAUAUUCACGACGCCCUCCGUAGCUACUACAUGGUCGCUCGGAGGCGAUUCGUUGAUAUUGUGCUGCAGCAGGUCAUAUUUCACUUCUUGCUCGAUUCCAAGACCAGCCCUCUCAAGAUUUUCACACCUGAUCUGAUCAUGAGCCUAGAUGACACGCAGCUUAAGUUGAUUGCCGGAGAGAAUGCAGCGACGCGGGAUAGACGCGAGAUUCUCACCAAAAACAUUUUGAACUCGAAGCUCGCGCUGGAGGAACUGAAAAAGACCAAGUAA